AUGGCAAUGAAGAGACACCGGCUGGCGUGUGCGCUGCAUAUGCUCUCGUCCUACGGGACACCUCAGCCCCAUCCCGUGGCGUCCGACGCGCAAACAUGGUUCGAUGCUGUCACCCGUGCCCUGGCACCAGCGUACCGAUCGACGGUGCUCAAGGCAUCAAUGUGA